UGACAGAAUCAGGCAGCAGGAAACGCUUUUAAGAAAUUUACGAUUUUAUAUUCUUGUUUUUAAACCUAAGUGACCUAAAAUAAAAGGAAUUUAGGCACAUUUCUCCGAAAAUAGUUUAAGAAAGAACCACGUUUAUUCGAUAAAAAUUAUGGCCGCCAGCGUUGAUUCAGAUUUGCAUGUAUCAUUUGAAGAUCAACAAAAGAUUAAUAAAUUUGCUCGACAUAAUUCAAGAUUAGAUGAUAUAAUGGAUGAACUCAAGGCUAAAGAGAAUGAACUCCAAGCUUUAGAAGAUGCUGAAUCAGAGCUCUUAAUGUGUGCUGAUGAGGAAAAAACUCCAUUUAGAAUAGGUGACGUUUUUGUUUUUGUAACUAUGGAUCAAGCGCAGGAGAUGCUUGCAGAUAAAAAAGAGAGCAUUUCAGAAGAAGCUAAGGUUCUGAAAGAACAGCAAGAAUCUAUAAAACAAACUAUGUCAGACCUUAAAGUGCAGUUGUAUGCCAAAUUUGGGAAUAACAUUAAUCUUGAACCAGAAUAAAAAGGAGAAAAAAAUGAAUAUGUUGGAGCUUCUUAAUACAAACAUUAAGUGGAACUUAUUGCCUUUGUUUUUUCUAAAGAGAAAAAUUUCAUCUUCUGCACAUUCGUAAAAACAGUCUUUGCCACUUUAACUUUUGAAGGAUAUCUAUUAAUACUCAUGUUUUAAACAACUGAAGUUGUUUUUCUUUAACUCUUGCUCUUCAAAUAAAAGUAACAAAUGUUAACUAACCUAUGCAAUAAAAGGAAUCUUAUGAUGCUUUUUAUUUCUUAUAUUUCAUAAUUGCAAUGUCAUAUGAGAAUUUUUCAUUGUCUUGUGUCUGAGAUAAAAUAUUUCUGUAAUUUUU